AUGGGGAGCCGUGUCCGGGCUCUCAUGACCUCACACGCCCACCGGCAGCCUAUCACACAAGCAGUCGUUAAUUUAGGGUGGGCAAUUAUGGUGGUGAAUCUGUCACCCACGGUGUCCUUGUCUCCAGAUCGGCGACGCACCAUCCGCCCCCUCGGUUCCUCUAGCCACCACUACACUCCCUCGCAUCCUCUCACCGGCAUACGGCGCCCACCCUCCACAGACAUCAGCGGCCGCCGGUUCGGCCUGCCUACUCCCCGUGUCGGCGACCUCGUUCGGGGCCAGCAGCCAGGCCUCCACACCACCACGUCCCCCAUCCGAGUCCCGGGCGCCAGGUUACGCGAAUCUGACAGAAACGGCGUUCCCGUUGCCCCAGCCAGAGCCGGGAUCCACGAGCAUCGGUUUCGCCUCGCAUCUGCAGCCGUCCUACCAGGCCACAGCAGCCACUCCUCGUCCUCAACCCUCACCACACCCCUCCUCUUAGCUUUGACGUAG